UCUCACUCCAAGCGACUGCAGCGGCAGCACCAGCAGCAGCUUGUGAAUGGUCCCCGCCUCUCCGGGGAGUUUCCUCCACUGGGAACUUUUACUUUAUGUGCAGCACCUGUUGUGUCGCCAGUCGGCCGUCUGCGCUCGCUAAACACUCGGAGCCACCUCAAGACACUCAUUUCCUUCAGAAAGUUGGACGCGCAACGCUGCAAGUGCCAUUUUACCCAGAGUCGGUCGCUAUGUGUUGCGUUACUGGAAUGGACUAUCUGUGUUUGCGAGGGAAAGUCGAACACUUUGCAAACAGACAAACGCAUGUUUCGCGUCUCAGCAGAUCUUAAUUUACAGCCAGUACACGUUUCCAACUGUCCUCUUGAACACUCGUGUUUAGGCGAACAGGUGUGUGCUCACUAAGUUAACAGCAAUUAAUGCUUAACUUUGCGCAGAUGCUCCUCGGGAAACUUUCUACAGAGAAGUUUUCGCAGUAGAAACUCCUGGCCGAUCAGGAUUAUGUGGACUUUACUUUACGCGUGCCUCUUACAGAUGUGUCCAAAGUUGGAUACGCGUCUCACGAACAGUAUUUCUGCAUGGUGAUUGAAACAACACAUACUAAGUGCCUAUAAGCACCGACAGCCACCAUUUAUCCAAAUGAUUCCUUUGCUUCUCUUGAUUCUUAUAUCGUCUCUUCAUCAGCAUGAGUCGGUGGCGGAAUCGAGUCACAUCAGUAAGAUUCACCACGCCAGCACGAAAGAGCAGAAUGGAGUGCAUGAGUCUCAACAUGAAAAGGUCCUCAGUGUCACUGGGGAUGGAAUUAUUCAAAGUCCUGACUUCCCCAACACUUAUCCCCGGAAUACAGUUAUAGUGUGGCGGCUGGUGGCAGUCACAGAAAGUUCCAGGAUCCAGCUGACCUUUGAUCCUCGCUUUGGCCUGGAGGACGCCGAGGACGGCAUUUGCAAGUAUGAUUAUGUGGAGGUGGAGGAGCCUGUCGGAGGCGUGGAGUUGGGGCGUUGGUGCGGCUCAGAGAUGGUUCCAGGGCCCCAGGUGUCUAAGGGGAACCAGAUCCUGAUCCGCUUCGUCUCAGAUGAAUAUUUUCCUUCGGACCCAGGAUUCUGCAUCCGCUACUCUUUGCUUCAGCAGAGGCAGUCGGAGCCCGAGGCCCCUGCAAUGAUGCCUGCAUGGAUGCAGAGUGUGGAUGUUCUGAGUGAAACUGUAGCUGGAUUCAGCACGAUGGAGGAAGUAAUGAAAUAUCUGGAGCCGGAACGCUGGCAGGUGGACAUGGAGGACCUCUACAAGCCUACCUGGCAGGUGGUGGGCAAAUCAUUCUUCCACCAAAAGAAAUCCAGAGGAAUGGUAGACCUGAACCUGCUUCGUGAGGAGGUACGGCUUUACAGUUGCACUCCACGGAACUUUUCCGUCUCAUUGCGUGAGGAGCUGAAAAGGACGGACGCCAUCUUCUGGCCCAGCUGCCUGCUGGUGAAGCGCUGUGGAGGGAACUGCGCAUGCUGCUCUCACAACUGCUACGAUUGCCAGUGCUCGCCCACCAAAGUGGCCAAAAAAUACCAUGAGGUUCUGAUGCUGAAACACAGGGCAGGGGGUCGGGGGCUGCAAAAGACUCUAACGGAUGUCCUCCUGGAGCACCAUGAGGAGUGUAGCUGUGUGUGUAAAAAUGACUCCGACUAAAGCAGUCCCAGGGAGAGCACAACACUGGCCCCCAACAGACUCAACCAGGGAAAUAUUUCUUGCUUCAUGCAUAAAUGAGCGAAAGAGUUUUUACCCUGACGUUGCAAACUAAUGAAACCCAGAGCUGGAUAACUUUUUUUUUUUUAUCUUGACUUAUCUAAGCCUGCGGUUCCAUUCGUUUUGGGCUCACAAAUCCAUACAGAAUUGACCCAUGCAGAAGUUUCCAUUGGCCUCAUGAUAGCAUGGAAUAUCUGGAGGAAAAUUGGACACGGUCUUGCUUCUGUGUGUUUGUGGAGGUUUGCAAGGAAUGCGUGUAUGUAUGUACAUUCAUGAAUCUUUUUCUGCGUGUGAGUGAAUGUAUAGCGCUGUUCAGGAAAUUAGGUAUUCCAGGAUAACUAGAAAGCCUGAAGUGAGUUUGUUACUACUUGUGGAACAAGUGGAUUUGGCAUGUUCUUUUAAAUAUUUUUUUUUUCCUCACAACUUAAAAAUAUCAAAGGACCUUGACUAUGCAUCAGCUUUCAGCAAUCCAAGGACAAUUUUGAGGUGGCAUGGACUUUCUCCUCAAUAACAUCCCAAAGAAAUGAAUUACACUGUGUCAUAAACCAGCAAUCAGUCAACCACUCAUCACUGAAAUCAGACAUUUUCAUUAAUAAUUCAGAAAGAACGUUCCAGGAUAGAUAAGGAUGUCCCUCUUUUUUUUUUUUUUUUUUUUUAAACCAGAGCCGAGUGAUCAUGCAUCUUCUGCUCUACUAUAGACUAUUAUGAGAAUGGCUCCAUUCAAGAGAGAACACUAAAAUACAAUAGUGAAUCUUGUGUAAAUAUAUUUCAAAUUGUGAUUUGUUAACUUUUCCUAUGUCAUGACAGUUUUUGGUACCAAAAUUUUGGGCAUGUAAGAAUCAUUUUUUCCCUUUCAUAAUCACUGUAGUAUUUUCAGUAUUAGUCACUCUUUUUGUUGAGACAUUUAUGCUUUUGUGUUGUUUGAAUAGUUGUUUGAAUUGCGUAAUAAGAUUUAUUUUGACUGGAGACUAAAUGAAAACUGUUAGAUGUUCAUGUAAAUAGACUUUUUAGAAGUUAAAGGGACAUAGAACUGCCAGUACCAUAUUCCUCUACCAUUAAACGAUUAACUAAAUUGUUGUGGUUUUUCCAAAUGGCGCUGAAAGCAUUGGUUUGCUCAAGUAAUCUGCAGUUGUCACAAAAUUGCAAAGCACCGCCAGGGGACCCUAUAACCCUGAACUAUUAACUGCAAUCUGACUUGAGUCUUUGAGAGUGUAAUUAGAUGUUAAUGAUGUAUCUUGGCGUUAAGACCGUCAUCUUUCUCAUAAGCUUUCCAAGAGUAAAAAUGUGACAAAACAUCAGAAUUUCUUGAAUAAUGGGCACAUUUCCUUUUCACUUGUUUUUGGCAAAAAAAAGUUGAUCUCAUAUGCAUGCAGUAGAUGACAUGCGAACACUAAAACAAUAUAAUAACACAUGACAUUGGUGGAAAAUGAAGACAAUAUGAUUUGCUCACAAAUUCAGUUUUGAUUGACUGGAAAAGGGAGUUGAGUAAACAAGACAUGCAGCGUUAUUUGCAUCUUUUUUUUAAUCCGCCUUAGAUGACCUUUUCCACUGUCAUUUUGUCAGGCUAUUGUUCUUUGAUGUAAUAUUUUUGUGACUUUGUUUUUCAUACUUUGAUCACAGAUUCCUCACACUUGGCAAACCAAUUUAACAAGCCACCUACUGUAAGCAGGCUUUGCGAUCGGCUCAUUUUUAUGCAGCCUGACAGAGGGAAUGAGAAUUUGGAUUUUGUUGACGUGUUGUGAAAGUGAGAGAAGUGCCUUGAUGUUGUUAAACAGCAAACAGAAAUGUAAAGCAUGAAGUUUCUCUCCAUGAGACUCAUUCAUGGUUCAGAGAGAAAUUUGAAAAUGUGUGCAUCAUUUCGGAUCAUUAUCAGAUUCCUAUGUAACAGAAUCCUAAAGGUGAUGCAUGCAUAUAUUUUUUUUUUCAGGGUAAAAUGCUUUCUUCUAUUCUUAAUUUGGAGAGAAUGCCUUCAUAAGUUGAUCUGUCUCUGUUAUGUCAUCAAAACUCUUAUUCAUGGUAUGAAAUAAGUUUUGGGCAAGGCUUUCUGUUUGUUUGACCAAUGGCAGAUGGGAAAGUGUUUCAGGAACAUUGAAACCAACCAGUUUGGUUAUGCUAAUGGUGCAGCAAUCAUACACUUAAUGUUAAUACACUGUCCAAGGUCAUUUUAUGAUCAAGUAGAGUAUAAGUAGUCGAGAAUAAUAACAUGAAGACUCUUAAUAUGCAUUAGCACAUGUCUGUUUGUGUUCUAAAGAGGCUAGGGCAAUUCACUGUAAAUGGUAAAAAAAAUGAUGGAUCCAAAUUUAAGUUUGGGAACAAAGCAUUUAUGUAUUUAACCAGAUGUGCGUAUAUUAGCGAUGGAUUGUGGGCUUGGUCUUUAGAUAAUUACAGGGUAGUUGCUCUGUGGUUUUCCAGGAACUGGCUGUGAUUCCUGAGGAAAGUAAUGACCUGACAUUAAUCAAUGAUUAGGACAGUUCACUUUUCCACUGUUCGUGUCAUUAUGUGAUGCAGUCACGUUUUGGAUGAGCAAAAAUCUUAAACUACUGUUCAAAUCCUUCAGAAAUUAUUCUAAUAUGUUAAUUUGGUGCUCAAGAAACAUUUAUCAAUGUUGAAAAGAGUGCUGCUUAAUAUCUUUGUUCAAGGUUCAUUCAGUAUAAAGAUUAAAAAAAAAAAAAAAAAAAACAGUAUUUGAAAUAAAAUUAGCUUGUAACAUUUAUUAGUCUUUACUGUCACUUUUGAUCAAUUUCAUGCAUCUUUUGUGAAUAAAAGUGUUAUUUUUAAAGGAAAAAAUCUAAUUGAACCAGAACUUUUCUCUUUUUUUAACACAUCUGGACUAAAAAAAGUUAACACUAUUAUUUACCUAUUGCAUAAAUUACAAUUGUCUUACUAAGAAAAAUAAAUAAAUUGCAUAGUCCUCCUAUAAUGCUUGAUCUUGCCUGUUGUAUACACAUCUGGGAAGCUGUUCACUCAAUUCCAGAUUUCUGCAAACACGCAAGUAACAGCAUGCCCACAGAAAAAAACAUUUGU